AAUGGAACAAAAAUAGGGCCAAAAUUGUCCAUCAUAAUAAGACCCAACCUGUACUAAAUGAUGAAGUCUAAAGUCUUUAAAGCAUCACUUUACAGUUUCCCCUUGUGAUACUGUAAAUGAUUUACUUUAUAAUGUAAGGUCCUCUGAUCGUGUUUGUUAUGAGCUGUCUCUAUAUGAACAAACUGAACUGAGUGUUUGUUCAGUUUCGUGAGUCUCCCACAGCUAGAGGGAGACAGCGCUUUCUUCUGGGACGCCUUGGCUGCUCAGAGGACCGUCUUUACCGACAUGUCCUUGUUUGUGCGUUUUAAUCAGCGAUUGGAAAAUAACAGGUAUCCUUGUCCGUCCGCCUCUCGCACCCAUAAACACCCAGGAGUAAAAGAGAGGGGACGCUGAGUAAAAACAACCCCCGUCUGACCUGGCGGUGUGCGCCUUUCCUGCGCGCUUUUCGGCCCACAUAAGGAGCAGUCCGCUGGGUACAACAGCCGGACUGAAUCGCAACGUGUCUGUGGAGAGUGUCACCGCAGCAGUCGGGCUGUGUGUUUCUAUGGAACAGGCUGCUUUAAUGGGGCUGUCGUCAGCCCGUCUCUCCGCCUCUGGACAGAUGAUCGCCGUGAUUCACGCCUGAAUUUAGAUCCAUCGAAGACGACACUGUGUGGAUAUGGAAUGGUGCAUGCCGCUGGGCCAAGUUUUCAGCCUCUGAAAAACACCAGAAUCAUGGACAGUCAUCCGCUGUGCACUAGACUUUGUCCACACUCUCUGGACAAAGAGGACGGAGUGGAAAGGCACGGUCCCGUCACUCUGAACCCUCGCCACAUGAGGAAGGCGUUCAAAGUCAUGAACGAGCUGCGCAGCCAGAGCCUGUUGUGUGAUGUGACCAUAGUGGCAGAGGACGUCGAGAUCGCUGCUCACAGAGUGGUUCUGGCUGCUGGGAGCCCUUACUUUCACGCUAUGUUCACAGGGGAGAUGGCAGAAAGUAGGGCAAAACGAGUAAGGAUAAAGGAGAUGGAUGGCUGGACUCUGGGCCUGCUGAUUGACUACAUCUACACGGCGGAGAUACAGGUCACGGAGGAUAAUGUGCAGGCGCUGUUGCCUGCAGCAGGGCUGCUCCAGCUGAACGAGGUGAAAAAGGCUUGCUGUGAGUUCCUGAGCUCUCAGCUUCAUCCGUCCAACUGCCUGGGAAUAAGAGCCUUCGCUGACCUACACGCCUGCUCCCAGCUUCUCACGCAGGCUAACAGCUUCGCAGAGCAACAUUUCACCGAGGUGGUCGGGAGUGAGGAGUUUCUUAAUUUGGGCAUGGAGCAAGUGUCCAGCCUUAUCGCCAGCGACAAGCUCACCAUACCCUCAGAGGAGAAGGUUUUUGAGGCCGUCAUAGCUUGGGUCAACCACGAUAAAGACGUCCGCCAGGAGCAUUUGGCUCACCUGAUGGAACAUGUCCGCCUGCCGCUCCUCUCCAGAGAAUACCUGGUGCAGCGGGUGGAGGAGGAGUCUCUGAUUAAGAACAGCAGUGCCUGUAAAGACUACCUGAUUGAGGCCAUGAAGUACCACCUGCUGCCGGCCGACCAGAGAGCUCUGAUGAAGACCGCCCGUACACGCAUGAGGACUCCAGCCUGCUGUCCUAAGGUGAUGGUGGUGGUUGGCGGUCAGGCUCCUAAGGCCAUUCGAAGUGUUGAAUGUUACGACUUUGAGGAGCAGCGAUGGUACCAAGUGGCUGAACUCCCAACUAGGAGGUGCCGAGCAGGUGUGGUGUAUGUGGCCGGGUGCGUGUACGCGGUGGGCGGUUUCAACGGUUCUUUGCGUGUGCGGACGGUCGACUGUUACGACCCGAUGAUGGACCGCUGGACGAGCGUGAGCAGCAUGCAGGACCGUCGAUCGACGCUCGGGGCCUCUGUGCUCAACGGACUCCUGUACGCUGUUGGAGGCUUUGACGGUAGCACAGGUCUGUCUACGGUCGAGGCGUAUAACGCUAAGACAGACGAGUGGUUCCAUGUGGCGCCCAUGAGCACCCGACGCAGCAGUGUAGGAGUCGGCGUUGUCAAUGGGAUCCUUUAUGCUGUUGGAGGUUAUGACGGAGCCACCAGGCAGUGUUUAAGUACAGUAGAAGCUUACAACCCUAAAAGCAACACGUGGAGCUAUAUAGCCGAGAUGGGAACAAGACGCAGUGGAGCAGGUGUGGGUGUAUUAAAAGGUUUACUUUAUGCUGUGGGGGGCCACGACGGUCCACUGGUGAGGAAGAGUUGUGAAGUUUAUGAUCCAGCCACUAACAGCUGGAGACAAGUAGCUGACAUGAACAUGUGUCGACGUAAUGCAGGCGUGUGUGCUGUAAAUAAUGUACUCUACGUGGUGGGAGGAGAUGACGGAAGCUGUAAUUUGGCCUCGGUGGAGUUCUACAAUCCGAUCACUGACAAGUGGACGCUACUGCCGACCUGCAUGAGCACAGGUCGCAGUUACGCAGGUGUGACUGUGAUUGACAAGCCCUUAUGACUGCUCUAGACACCUGCCGCUGAUUGGGAGCAGAACGUAUUCUCCUGCUGAAUACUGAUCUUGGAUCUGUCUACGAUGCCAAUGCUUCAAAUGUUGGGCAGCAUUAGCACAGGCACUGACGAAGA